CAUGCUGCUCAGGCACUGCAGUAGCAGAGGAAUGCUGGAUUUGCUUGCUUGCUGAUGAACAUGGCAGAGCUGAAAGGCAAAGUAUAAGACCGAUGCCAUGCUACGUCGCUCAAACCAGGUGAAAGACAGUAGGAUGAAUAUGAGAGGAAAAAGAAGACAGUCAUAAGGAUCUUAUCAAUCUGUGAUUAUCUUUCCCGCUCCGAAGCUCAGUGGAUGACAAGACUGGUUUAUGAUCCUGUUCCCCAGGCAUAAAUACCUUUCUGCCUCUUCUUUCAUCGACAGAAUCAAGUAACCAAGACAAGGGUAAAUCUGAGCUCCGGAUUUAUGAGUCAAAUCGUGUCCUCCACCUGCUCGCGGUAACUGCACAGGCAUUUGCCAUUGUGCCCCUCCCCCAUUAGUCUACCUUGCGCUGAGGUAUUUUUACCGGGCAAUAAAACGGCGAGAAAAGCAAUAUUGUCAAAGGAAUUGUUUUUUGUACUGGCGAAGCCUCCACGGUGGCUGUUGUUGAGCGUCUAUAAGCCGGAAUCCUUUGGAAUCUUUUGGAAUGGCCUUGUUUUGCAGCACUGCACCAUGCCUGCAGGUGCAGUGAAGGGGAAAGGCAAAGAUGAGGAUACAGGAGUGCCUGACUGCAAGUCUUUAAGCUUGCUAUUUUUGAUUUUUUGAUGCUGCUACUAUUGAGCUGGAAGACUGAUUUGUGGAGAAAAUGCUUAUGGCCCGUGACACCGCCCAGGAUGAGGCACAGAAACUGCAUAGGAAGUGGCUGAAGCACCAGACCUUUAUGGCCGAACUUGCUCAGAAUAAGGAGUGGUUGAAGAAGAUUGAGAAGGAAGGCCAGCAGUUGAUUCUCGAGAAGCCAGAAUUGAGUUCUGUGGUGCAACAAAAGCUGAAAGAAAUCCGGAAGUGCUGGGAGGACCUGGAAAGCAACACUCAGGCCAAGGCCCAGCAGCUCUUUGAGAAUAACAAGGGAGACCGGAGGCAAAGCUACACAAAUUUAAGCAGUCAGCUUUCCCGGCAGGAUGGCCAGCUGUACCAGAUGGACUACACUCAGGAUCUGGCCACUGGCAAUAAGCAACUCGGCAAGCUACAGACAUUCAAAUCACCAAUCGAGGGGUGGAAUAAGGAGAUAAGGGAUAUUCGUACGCAGGUGACCACCGUCCCCCAGAGGUCGCUGAUCAGGGACAACACAAGUGAGAACCAAGCAGUGGUGGAGACACGCAUUGUCCGUCUCAUUGAGCCCCUCAAGGAGAGGCGGCGGAUCCUGCUAGCUACCAAGGAGGUGAACCAACUCAGUCAAGACCUGGAUAAUGAGAUUCUGUGGAUCCAGGAGAGACUGCCUCUGGCCAUGUGCAAAGAGUAUGGGAACAGUCUUCCAGCUGUGGAACAGUUUUUGCAAAAGAAUCACAGUCUGCAGAGAGAACUGCAGGAGCACCAGGCACGGGUGGAGGACGUGCUGAACAGGGCGAUGCUCAUCGCUACCAUUCAGAGCCCCGAGACCGACUUUCUGCGGGGUGACCUGGAGCAGCUGAGGCAACUUUGGGAUAGCUUGUGCCUGGAGACAGAGAGGCGGCAAAUGAUGCUGGACACCAUUUAUCAAGCUCAGCAAUACUACAGCAAUGUCACAGAGGUGAAGUCCUGGAUUUGCGAACAGGAGCAAAACCUCAUGAUUGAAGACAGAGGCAAGGAUGAGCCUAGUACCCUGGAGCUACUAAAGAAACAUCUGGCUAUGGAACAGACCAUUGAGGAUUUUGCUGAGAGAAUAGGCCUCCUUUCCCAGCAAUGUCGACAGCUACUGGAGCUGGACCAUCCAGACAGUGAACAGAUCAGCAAGCAGCAGUCAAUGGUAGAUCGCCUCUACAUUCGCUUGAAGGACAUGGUAGAGGAAAGGAAGUCGGGGCUAGAGCAGCAGUACUGGCUGUAUCAGCUUAACCGGGAGGUGGAUGAUCUGGAGCAGUGGAUUGCAGAGCGUGAAGUAGUGGCCAGCUCCCAUGAGCUUGGACAAGACCUUGAACAAGUCACGAUCAUUCAGGACAGGUUCACAAAGUUUUCCUCAGAUACAUGCACCCUAGGCCAGGAGCGAGUGACAGCUGUGAACAAGAUGUUGGAUGAGCUGAUUGAUUAUGGGCAUGUGGAUGGGGCCACCAUUGCAGAGUGGAAGGACGGACUGAACGAGGCUUGGGCCGACUUACUAGAGAUGAUGGAGACUCGGAGGCAGAUGUUAGCGGCCUCCCACCAGCUGCACAAAUUUUUCGCGGACUGUCAGGAGGUUUGGCCAAAAAUUGAAGACAAGAGGAGGUGGUUGCGAGAACUAAAGGCCUGCCAGACUGGAACUGCUAGCACCGGCACUUUCCACAGGCUCAUGCACACCUUUCAGCAUGACAUCCAGCACCUUGUUAUGCAGGUGAGGCAGCUGCAGGAGAGUGCCACCCAGCUCCGGACCGUUUAUGCUGGAGAGAAGGCGGAAGCCAUCGCCAGGAAGGAGCAGGAUAUCAUGCAGGCUUGGAAAGAGCUCCUGACCACCUGUGACGAGUGUGGGGUGCAGCUCACCACAGUGGCAGACAAGCUCCAUUUCCUCGGCUUGGUGCAAGACCUGAACUUGUGGAUGGACCGCCUCAUCUGUCAGAUUGAGAAAGAAGGGAAUCCUAGGGAUUUGUCCUCUGUGGAGGUGGUAAUAAACUACCACCAAAGCCUAAAGAGUGAUAUUGAAGCACGAAACAAGAGCCUUCUGCAGUGCCUGGAGUUGGGCAAGACCUUAAUGACAGCCAGAAACCCUGCUGCUGAGGAGGUUCGGGAGAAGCUGGAUAUGCUCAUGGCAAAGCAGAAGGAGCUUUCUGAGAAAUGGGAGAAGAAAUGGGGGGAACUACAGAAGAUGCAGGAGGUGCACCAUUUCUCCCAGGAGGCAGUAAUGGCAGAGGCCUGGCUCACAGGACAGGAGCCCUUCAUCAACCGGAAGGAGCUGGACAGCAGCGUGGAUGAGGCUGACCAGCUUAUCCGCCAUCACCAGGCAUUCCGCAAGGCCGCGGCCACCUGGGAGGAGCACUUCAGCCUGCUGCGUCGGCUGAGCACCGGGGAAACAGAGAAGGCCACGCAAAGCAGGAUUCCUCCCACGGUACUUGGCAGAAAGGUGUUUCUGCACUCACAAGCAGCCUGUCCUCCUCGGGGGGCUACCCUGUCCUCACUGCAACAGAGCAUCUAUGAGCAAGCAGAGCCUCGACUCAGGCACAUGCCCCAGAAGCUGCCCACCACCUCGGUGGUCCAAAGGCUAGGCUCAACAGUGGCUAACUACAAACCAGUCAUGAAUUGGUCCAGCUACAGGAGAUUGGACAUGCCAGCUGGUGGGGGUGAGAAAUCUCUUGAGGCCCCAGUGGAGCAGAACUGUACACCUGAUCCUCUGCCCGAGAUUACUCAAAGCAUUACCCAAAAGCCAGUGCAGCCGCUCCCCGAGGUCUGUCAGCCGGAGCCUGUGAGUAAACCAGAGCCGUCCAUCAUGGCCAAUGUAUUGGUGCAGGCUCCCGUCAAGGACUUGUUUAGGGGCGAGCUAUCACGGGACACCCGGGGCAGUCGCUCUGACCCUCAGAUGGACCACUACCGUCGGGACAGGGAGCGCAAGCUCGGGAGGCAGACCUCGAGCGAGCAGGAGCUCAAAGCCCGUUGGGAGGAGCUUCCUCUGGAGGUGCGGGAGCGACGCUACAGGAGGAAGCUGGAGAGGCAGACCUCCAGCGAACAGGAGCAGACUGUGGGGAGCAGCAAGAAGUCAAGCGAGCAGGACAGCACAAAGGAGCUCUCCGAGAAGCCCACUACAGGUGAGAAGAGGUCAACCAUGGCAGAAAUUGUGGAGCAGGUACAGGAGAGAGAAGCAGCUCAGGCUCGAGGGGAAGUACCUCGUCAAGCCAGUAGCAUACUCGACCGAGUCACCAGGCCAGACCGGCCACGAGCGAGGGAUCGCCCAAAACCCCGGAGGAGGCCCCGGCCCAAAGAACCAGUGGAGACCCGCCGGUCCCGCUCUGCUCCAGCCCAGAGUACCCCAACCAUUCCACAACCACCCUCACACACCGCCAAGCGUGAAGGUUUCCUCUUUCGAAAACAUGACAUAGAAAGCCAGAACCCCAACAGCAGAUCCUGGGUGAACUUAUACUGCGUGUUAUCUAACGGAGAGAUUGGCUUCUACAAGGACGCCAAGAACACCACCACACCUUACAAUAGUGAACCCCUGCUCAACUUAAGCAGCUGCACCUGCGACGUCACCAAUGGCUACAAGAAGAAAAAAAAUGUCUUUGCCCUUAAGACGACUGAAGGGAAUGAGUUUUAUUUCCAUGCGAGGGAUGAGGAGGACCUGAAGGGCUGGAUCACAAGCAUCACAACGAGUAUAGCAGAGCAUGAGGAGAUUGCCAAAUGGGGGAUGCCCCAGACUACUACCUCUUCUACAGAAGAAGGCACAAGGAAGGAUGGUGGUAAAUCUGACAUGGCUGACAAAUCAACCGUGGGUAACAAUUUAGAAGAGAGGGAGAAACCCCAGACAGGAGAGAUGCUGGAGAGAUCAGAUGGAGGCUCCAGCAUGUCAGAAAAGAACAAAUGAACGCUUGAAUCACAUACAAAGAGGCAAACCUUCAGCAAACUUGAUGUGAAACCACUCCUCAUGGAACAAAGGAAAGAAACAAAGAAAAAUAUGAAUCAUCGAUUGGACGUGAACAUGCAUUGUCAUCUCUCUGCUCUCUUAUAUUUCCAAAUCUUAAGAGAUCCAGUACCAGUGAGCCAGAGGGCUGAAGGACUCAUGAGGGCUUUUAAUCUCUCAAAUUGAAUGACACAUGGCAAAAUCUUUUUAAGCUUUUUAGCUUCCUGUAAGAAUUUCUUCAUUCUCUCCUUUGCUUCAUGUCUUUCUUCAUUUCUUGUUGUAUCUUUGUUUUCUUCUCUUCCUUCAAUCAAGGCCCUUGUGUUACUUAUAUAUACUUCUACAUAAGGGCUUACUCACUCUAAUAUCUUCGGUAUGUAAGGACUUCACUUAGAGACAACUUAAGUGGUUUGAGUCUGGAUCUGUGAGGAAAUCUAACACUGAGACAUUGUCUGAAUCACUUCAAGCAGGAAACUUCUAAACAAUGGGCACAAAGAAUAAAGUGGUACUUACUGUAUACUUCUAAGCAAAGUUGUCAGGUAACUCCCCAAGGUGCAGUGUACUAAUGAGAAUUGAUGAACAUGCAGCGGGAAUAAUGUAAGUCUCAUGUGCUUUAACACAUCCCAUCUAUGAUAUUAGUAAUUGUAUGUUCAUGAAAUGUUUCUGAGGGCAAAACAUUUCAAGAGACAAGUGGUAAAGUUAAAGGUUACUCCAAAUAUUCCAUAUAUGGCAGACAUUAUCUGGCAUAUGCUUUUUGUCCAUAGUAGCAUGGAACAUAUUAUGUGUGUUAUGUGCAUCUAAAAUAGUUCAAAAUAAUAUUUCCACAUUAGAAUCAGAUACUAAAGCAAAGGUCAAAUCUAUUUUGUGAGCCACUUAAAAAUUACCGAGUGCACCCAGUGAAAUUACUGUACAAGGUUCCAGCCUAAACAUGUAUCAAAUGGGUGAAAGAACAUGAGUACAUUUUCAAAACAAAAAAGAAUAUAUAAUCAUUAUAGUUAUGUAACAGUACAAAUUGAUUUGUAAACACAUAGAUUUAUAGCUCAGGCUAAUAUUUUCAAAGUGUGCUGUCAAUACUGGUAAUAUGAUGAUUAGCAAAAUUGCAGAAAAUACAGUGCCAAUUUAUUGCAGAUGAAGCAGAGGUUCUAGUUCAACAGUUAACAUGGAAUAGCCUAAAUAUGGUCAAACAUAACUCACAUUUUUCAUUGACUUUAAUUUGAAUUCCAUUGCACAUCAGGAGGAAUUAUUAUGCAAUAUCAGUGAAUGUUAGACACAAUAAUUUUCAGGACACUUACAAAAAAAUGUGUACAUGUGUGAACUAUAUGAACUUGAAGGUUGCAAAUAUUUUUGACAGUCAUGUCAUACCACAUUGCAAGUGAACAAAAAAUAUAUAACAUAGUGUGGUAGGAACAUACUACUAGCCUUUCACUGAAAAUAUAAAGCCCAAUAACUUCUGUAUUACUUCUAUGUGAUAACAGUUUGCUGUACAUAUGGCUGCUGUAAUUUCUUCUGUGUAAGAUAAUAAAUAUUGAAAGUCCAAGACUAAUAUCUGAUAAAAUGCAAUUUUGGUACUCAUGCAAAUAUUGCAGUACAAUCCAUAUUUGUAGAUUAGAUCUCCUUUGGAAUAUGAGAACCGCACAGUUAGAGGAGAGAGGAGAGAGCAUUGAGACUUGCUGAAGAGAAACCAAUUUUUCAUGUGUGCACAUUGGGUUUAGGGUUAUUUCUUGACUCAGUAUUUGCUUUUCAGUUCUAAAUGCAAUUCAGAAUAUAGCGAUAUGAGCAGUAGAGUAGAACCUCAGAGAAGCCUUAUCAAGCUCCUUUAUUGUCACUGAUGCAAAACUGCGAGCAUUGAACAAAACUGAGUUGCACUUUCCAUUGACAAAAAAAUACAUAAAUGAAGAUGUACAGUAUUGUUCAGAAAGCUGAAAGAAAAAUAUGAAUGUUCUAAUGAGAUCCUGAUUGCUGUUAGUUUAAGUACUGGUUAUUAACUUGAACUAAGGAUCAUAACUACAAAAUGAAAGUCGACAACUUGUUCAGUUAAGGCUACCAUAAUGGAGGUAUAUGAUUCAAAUAAAUAAAAGAUUCUGAUUCUUAAAA